AGUCGAAAUAUGAACCCAUGGUGCUACUAGUCGGAACGUUUGCAAGAAAAGGAUGGAAGUUAUUUAACAAAAGAAAGGUUGCCUCCAAAGAAAAAGUCCUGAAGGAACUCAUCGAAUCGAGACCUUAUAGCAAGCAAGUCAUGUGGCCAAUUCGAUUGUUUGACAACCGUUAUGCACGAGCAAAUGAGGUGAAUGGCCUCCAGCAUCAUAUAGAUGUAAUCAUCUCUACAUCGGACUACAUGAAAGUCAGCUUUCCAAUAAUGUGGAAUACAUUCCUUUGCGAAUUAGAAGGUAGCGACCGAAAUACAAUGACUGUGGAAGAGGCGCGCUCAAGAAUGAAAUCAUGGCAAAUCGAGAAUAAAGAAGAGCAGGGUAGAAUUCUUCAGUUCUUUCAUGAUACAGGCCAUAUCAUAUAUCACCAAGGAUGUAAGCUCAUCGUACUCAGGCCACAGUAUCUGAAUGCCAUCAUCGGUGACAUCAUAACAGUGAUCGACGACGAACUAAUGCAAACUGGCCUGGGCAAACAUUACAAGGAACUGAAGAACAAUGGAAUACUUAACAUUGCCAUCGUCAACGCUGUAUUGGCGAAAAUUAAAGGAGAGCAUGCGCAACUCGAUGGCAUUAUUGAUAUGAUGAAGAAGUUUGAUCUUAUCUGCGAGAUUCCAGGUCGAGAGAACGUGGAGAGAAGUUUUUUUGUUCCAUGCCGAUCUUCCCCUAUACUUGAUGAGAUACAACAAUUUACGAGAGAAGAUGAGAUCGAAUUUGUCAUCGACUUCAAUCACUUCUUACCAGAUGGCAUUUUGCACCGAUUGUACGUUCGAAUGGCAAAGUGGUCAAUGGAGAGAGAACCGUCCCUCAUUCCAACUUUUCACUGCAGGCAAAUGGUGUUCUAUAUAGAUAGUGAUCAUAGAAUGGAGAUGACCAACGAUAUUCAUAAUGAAGAGCCUAAUCAGAUCAAGGUCACAAUAUAUACAAUAGUGCCUGACAAUGAAGAAGGCGCACGCCCCAAAGCAAUGGUCAGCCUGAAUGAGGAUGUUAUUAACCAUCUACAUGAAUCGUUGAAAAGCCUCCAAAGGCUCUGGGCAAGAGGAAUUGAAUAUUCUAUCGGGAUCCCCUGCACACGGUGUACCAAAUUCGGCAAGAAGGGGUUCAUUCACAUGAGACGUAUCCUGGAAGAAAAGAAGGAAAAGGGAACUUGCAUUAAUCUCUGUGCAGAAAAUGUGGGUCGUAUCGUGAAGGCAUUCAACAAGCAUUCAGAAGCUAACUUGAGAUCCACAGAAGACAAGUUUGAUAGCAUCUUGAUCACGGUCGCCAGCAGAGUCCCGCAAAACUCGCAGAUAGACAAGUUAGGAUUAAAUCUUCGGUUUGCUCCUGAAGACAUACAGAAAUACAUAGCUACUAACCACAAAACACAACAUGUAACAUAUGAUGGAACUCUUCUCAUGCUCCGGGAUUGGCUUCGUAAGCAAAAACCUGGUACAGAAAGAGAAGAAUUGAAGAUUGCUUUAGAGAGGUCAGAUGAAAUCCGUCUUGCUGAUGAACUCUUUCCUUUAACGACAUAACCGACAAGACGCUGGACGAUUCGGCAACAGAAUUCACGAGCAAAAUCUUCGAGGAUUUUGUUCAAACUUGACUGUGGGUAUAAAGCGGCGACAAAAAACUGGAUACGCGCAAGAAUUUAGCCAGGAAGCAUUCUGUAAAUGAGAUCCAUUGAAAGGCCGUGAAUUCUUAAAGGAGAAUGAAACCCUUGAAACCAGCUGAAUCCAUAUCAAAGAGAAAAAUCAAAGAAACAUAUUGUUGAAAGUUUGAGGAAGAUUGAAUGAAUAAUAAGAAAGUUAUGAGCAUUUAAAUAUUGAGAUCACUAGUGCCAUGUAGAUCCUCCCAUCGGCAAUGCGACCAAGAUCUGUGAUAUCACACACGUACAACUCCCUCAUUACUCUAGUACUUAUUUCACUUUAUAUUCUCACUUUUAUAGAGUCUAUCACAUGGUGAGGUGUUCUCUUUAUGAGAUGACAAGUACAGAGGUUUCACAACAUUAUACCAUUGAUGAAUCGUUUGUCAUAUGAUUAGAAUAAGCAAAAAGAGAUGUUUUGGGGUAUAUUUU